AUGAAUUAUCGAUACUCGCAGAUUAUUCAGAUAUUCAUCGUUUUAACAGUGUCAAAUCCGAUCGCAUCAUUAAUCUCCGAAGGCGACAAACAAACGUCACGAAUAAAGUAUAAUUGGAGCACUGAGGAUAUACCAAAUUUUCGUUUGAUUUCGCGUUUAUUAAAAAAUAAUAAUGUCGAUACUAUCGAUGCUAUUGACUCAAAAUCCAAUCAAAAUUAUCUGAAAACAUUUGCUCAUAACGAUAAUGGCGAAGAGGAAACAUCUUAUCAAGAUGACAUUGAUCGUUAUGAUGUUCAAAGUCAAGAAGAUGUUGCUUUAGAACGAAGUAAACGUUGUGCACCAGCGUGCCAACCGCAAUACUAUUAUAAUCCAUUAGUACGUCCUACACAACAUUCAAAUGAAACAGUCAAUGUUGCAUUUGGAUUAUUACUUGUGCAAUUAAUACAUGUUUACGAGAAGGAGCAAAUAAUGAAGACAAAUACUUGGUUACAUAUGAAAUGGAAUGAUUCACAACUACGUUGGAAUCCUGAACGAUAUGGCGAAUUAAUGUGGAUUCCUCCAGCAAUUUACAAGAGUUCAUGCCGUAUUGAUGUCACUUUUUUUCCAUUUGAUAGUCAAGAAUGUGAAAUGCGUUUUGCGUCAUGGACGUACAAUGCUCGUGAAGUGAAUUUUCAUCAUUAUACAGAAUCCAUUGGCCAAAAAAGUGAACUUACAAAACUUAUACCAAAAUUAUCGACUGGUGAAUUGGACGAACAGUAUACGGAUGAUUAUUUAGAGAGUGGAACAUGGAAUGUUCUCAGUAUUCCUGGUAAAUUUGUUCAUUAUCAUAUUUCAAAUUCAACGGCUGCACAAACUACUGACUUCAAGAAUUCAACACCUGAUUAUAUUGAAAUUGUUUUUGUCAUUCGAAUGAGUCGUAAAACAUUGUAUUAUACAGUGAAUCUAAUUGUACCUACGGGAUUAAUGGGAAUAUUAAUUUGUAUUGUCUUUUGUUUACCUACUUAUGCUGGUGAAAAAAUGACAUUAUGUAUGAGUAUUCUGCUGGCAUUAAACUUAUUUCAAUUACUUGUCACCAAAAUAUUACCGCCUACAUCAGCCGUUGUACCACUAAUAGCAAAAUAUCUUUUGUUUACGUUCACAUUAAAUGUUCUUGUUAUUGUGAAUACAGUAAUUAUUACAAAUUUUUAUUAUCGUAGUCCAAUGACACAUACGAUGCCGAACUGGAUAAGACGACUAUUUCUCGAUAUUUUACCCCGUUUACUAUUAAUGAAAUCUCCAAGGUUACGUGCACGUCAGAAAAAUGAUAUUAGUAAUCAGGAUGCGUUAAAUAUUAUGACUGAAACAAAUGACCAAGAACAAUCACUCGUCUAUCAAAAUGAAAUGUGUCGAUCUAAUGAAGCACAACAUCAUAAAACAACGACGAAACGGAAAAAGAAUCCACCCACUUACUUCCAUGGUUCUGGUUCAUCUGAUUCGGUUUUUUCUUAUGCUCAAAAACGACGUUCAUCGACACUGUUAACGAAUUUAUCGAAUAAACGUUUAAUUCAUAAUAAUAAAACUACUACUGCUGAAAUUAUUGAGCGACGACGACCAAUUGAUCUGAUGCGUGAUGAGUUGAUUCAAGCUCUGGGGAAUAUACGUUACAUAGCAGCACAUUGUGCAAAUGAAGCACUUAUUGAAUCGAUCAGAGACGAUUGGAAAUUUGUAGCGACCGUCAUAGAUCGUUUACAGUUAGUUUUAUUUGUAACUGUAACAAUUGUCGGCACAUUGGCUGUUUUGUUUGAGGUACCUCAUAUAUUCUCACUGGAUACGGUUGAUCCACAAAAACUCGUACGAUUUUCAAAUCCAAAUUUAACAAUUCAUGAAUUAAUCCCAAGUCGAUCAUAG